AUGACUUUAGAAGAGGAUUUUGCAGUUCCUCAAAAGGCAUGCAUGGAGCAUGUUAAUGUGUACCUUUUGGAUUCAGUUUGCGUCUUCACUCAUCACUUUUGCCUUAGAAGGGACGUGAAGGCAACGACGCACACACUUCCAUUAGCCCACAAUCAAUGUAUGAUUGAUUCAUGCAGCGAGUUUGAUUUGUGUGGGGUUAAGCAACGAGGCAGUGUUUGGGGUUUGAAUCUCCAAAGGAUGUCUUCAAUUUCGCGGCCUUUAGCAAUGCAGCGGCGAAAGUCGAAGUCGGAGUAG